CCGGCCAAGAACUCAUCCUAUUAUUUAUUAAAAUUGUAUGAAUGGAUAAAAUUCUAACUGUGAUAUAGGUCUGUCGCGGGCCGAAAUACUAUUUAUCGCGAAAAGGGGCCGACAUCGUCAGUGUGAAACACUUCACGCGCGUCGCAUAGAGUGCAGAUCGUUACGCCUGGUUUUCUCCCCGUUUCGGCAGCCGACCGUAGUAGUGUGGAAAAAUGGUGGAACUCAGUUCGCGUACGGAGAUCAAGUCGCUUGGAUAGGCCUCCUGGAUCGCGUUUAACAGGCUGUAAUGUCCGAUAACGGAUAGAAUGGAAGAAGGGCCCGAUUUAAGCCACUUGACUCCUGAGGAGCGGGCCAUAAUUGAGUCUGUUAUGGUCAGGCAAAAACAGGAGGAAGAGCGCGAGCAGGAGAUUAUGAGAAGAAAGGCUGACGAGGUUCAAAUCCUGGAGGACACGAUCAGGGCCCGCAACGAACAACACAAGAAGGCUGGCAUCGAGUUGGACGCCACCUGUCACAUCUGCCUGAAGACCAAAUUUGCGGACGGCGUUGGCCAUCUUUGCAACUACUGUUCGAUCAGAUGUUGCGCUAGGUGCGGAGGCAAAGUCACCCUCAGAUCUAACAAGGUGGUUUGGGUAUGCAUUUUGUGCCGCAAAAAGCAAGAACUCCUCAGCAAAACUGGGCAAUGGAUGCUGGCGCCGCCGGACAGCGAUCUGCCCAUGCCCAUGAUGCAGCAGGCGCCGUCCGACAAGCGACCGAAACUUGAAAGGGCUCACUCUGCCGCCGAAAAAGAGAACCAGCCGUUGCAGCGAGCCAGCAGCGUGCUAAGGAGGCAGUACUCCGAGCAGGAAACCCGCCAGCCAAGCUGCGAACGCUACCAGCAGCAGUACAACGAGGAGGACCCGAGAUACUACCAGGGGGAACUGGAGGGGCUGAUGAGGACGCAUCCCCAUCUAGUACCCAGAAGAUAUCCGGAUCUGGAGCCAGAUCCGUCGGUGAUGGACCAUUCGCAGCAAAGAGUGCCCUCUUCCAGUGCCAACAAGAAACACAAGCGAAGCGGCUCGACCAAAAACAGGCAACACGCACCACAAGUGCAAAUACAACGGUCGUUCAGCAGUUCAGAGGAGGAUUUGAAGUCGACGCCCGAGUAUGGGAGCGACGAGCGCGACAGUGAGAAAGGCAACAACGGCGACUGGCCGCCUCUCAGCCACUACAUCGUGGCGCCCGCCCAGCACCGCCCGCUGCAGGACGUCACCGCCGACAACAGAUGCUUCACCGAGCGCAGGAAGAAGACGGUGCGCUUCGAUCACAACGACGCAGGCAGCAGGCAAGGGUCGCAGGACUCGCACCGCGAUUCCGGCAUCGACACCUCGUCGACGUUCACGUCGAGCGAGGACUCGACGCGAGGCGACAUGCCAAAGCACCCAUUAUCAUGGCAAGUUUCGGCGGACGGCACUCGUAUGAUUGGGCACAUGAUUUUACGAAGAGGUCGCGAAAUGACUGGUAGUAGCGCCGCCAUUUUGGGUCUCAAAGUUAUCGGGGGCAAAAUUUUAGACAACGGUUUCAAAGGUGCCCUCAUCGAGAAAGUCAAGAAGGGCAGCAUUGCUGACGUGGAGGGACAAUUAAGACCAGGCGAUGAAGUAAUAGAAUGGAAUGGUAGGUCUCUGCAGGGGAAGUCCUAUCAGGAAGUCUCUGAUAUAAUAGCGGAAAGUAAGCAAGAGCAAAAUGUGGAGCUCAUAGUUUCUAGGAGCAUGGGAAGUAGACGAGCUGCCCAAGCGAACUGGAGGCAAUCAGUAGCCCAAAGAGGUCACCCGGGAGGCGGCCAGUGGCAGCCCCAGGACCAAGAGCCGUACGAGCGCCCGCACGUGCUCGUCACCUCCCCCGGCUCGCCCGAGCGCCAGGAGUCCGCCCCGUCGCUGGCACCGAGCGUGGGGGGGCGCGUUCAAGUGAGGUUAGGUUUCGACCCGUCCUCGCUGCAGCUGCUGGUGACGGUGGUGUGCGCCGCCGGCCUGUCGCCGCGCUCGCCUCACCAGCCGCGCAACCCCUACUGCAAGCUGUUCCUGCUGCCAGAUCGCUCCGAGAAGAGCAAGCGGCGUACCAGAACUCUGGCCGGAACGACUGAACCUAUGUGGAACCAGACGUUCGCUUAUCCGGGACUCCGAAGAUCGGAUCUGCGACUGCGGGCGCUGGAAAUCACAGUGUGGGACUACGUGCGAUACGGCGCCAACGACUUUCUCGGCGAGGCUAUCGUCGAGUUGUGGCCCCUCGACGAACAGCCCACCUGGAGAUCCCUGGGACCGCACGAAGAGGUCGCCCUCACGCCCAGUGAACACCUCUCGCCACCAAGUACUGGAUCGAGAUUCUCUGACAGCGAUACCCCUUCCGAGUGCGAAAUAGACGGCAACAGGGAGAGAAGGGGGGCGGAUGGUGCCAGCGUUUCGAGCGUGGGCAGCUCCACCAGCCCCCCGAGAGACAACGAUCGCAGAUCCAGAAGGGACCAGGAAAUCGUCUACAAUCCAGCCUACCGAAGAAGUAACAUGGCAGGUCAAAGAUCACAUUCGGCUGCGCCAUGCGAUUCGCCUAGCGUUCACAUGUCACGGUCGAGAUCCAAGUCGCCGCGACGAUCGGCUACGGAUCAUCGUUCGCUUUCUCCGCCCGACGUACGGCUCACAGAUUAUCCGCCGACAACGUACAACAUGUCCAGGUUCCAGUCCAGAUCGGCCACCGCCACACCAACAGGCUCUCCUAAAAAACGCCAGCUACCGCAAGUACCGAAUGCCUUGGCGCGCGCACUUCAGGAGCGCGUAGCCCAGGACCUGGACGGUUCCAAUCACCACCGGCAUCACCGGAUGCGAAACGUUCAGACCUACCGAUCCACAGGGUCCACGUGGGAACGACGCUACGGCGGCCUUAGCGACGGGGAUCUUGCCAAUCAUACCAGGCACAACAACAGAAGGCCAAUGUCUCCUGACAGAGACAGAGACCCUUUGGGCCUCGUAGACUUCGACAGUGACAUGGAAUCGGUAGCAUCGGUGACCAGUAGUGCUUUUUCGACGCAGAGCGAACGACCAAGAGGCACGAGGGCCAUCAGCACCGAGUACGGAAGUAGUAGCGAUAGGUAUAUGUAUACUGGACACAGAGGAGCUGGCAAUAGUCGAAACGUGCGAGACAGAGACCACGAGAUCAUCGAACCUUUGGACCAUCAUCACAAUCAUCAUCACCAUCACUAUAAUCACAGGGAGGGCAGCGUAAAGAGGGGGCAGUUCACUAGAAGUCUAAGCAAUGCUGAGGCCCCAACCGAAGAAAAAACGGAUGGAAGCCUUAGUGACACAGCCGUAGGCCAGCUGCAUGGUUUGGAGGUACCUCAAAAGGAAAACAUGAGGAGGGAAAGUCAUAGGGAACGUGAUAGGGAUCGACAAGCCCAGUUUGUGGGGUUGAGUAAAAAGAGCAGCUCGACCAGUCAGUUAUCAGCAACAGACGGCGCAUCGUACAAUAGAAAGCGCGUAUCGACGAGCUCCGCCAGCAGCAUUCAGCGGUCGCAGGAGGUGGUGCCCACCAUUCCGACCAGGUCCUCGGACAGCAGCCAGCGGGCUUCGAGCCUAAAUUCCAUCAGCAGUUCGGAAGCAUCUUCGUGGUCUCCUUCCUUGAGACUAGCAGGUGAAGGUGGUCAACUGGCCGAGUUUAUAGAUGGUCUAGGUCCUGGGCAGCUUGUCGGAAGGCAAGUCCUAGGAGCUCCGGCUUUAGGAGACAUCCAACUUUCUCUGUGCUACCAAAAAGGCUUUCUGGAAGUCGAGGUAAUCAGAGCUAGGGGUCUGCAAUCCAGAGCUGGAUCUAAAGUGUUACCAGCACCUUACGUUAAAGUGUACUUGGUUAAUGGUAAAAAAUGUAUAGCAAAAGCAAAAACAUCGACUGCACGAAGAACUUUAGAUCCGUUGUAUCAGCAACAGUUAGCGUUUAGAGAGAAUUUUACGGGUUGUAUACUUCAGGUGACCGUUUGGGGCGACUACGGGCGAAUCGAGGGUAAAAAAGUGUUCAUGGGCGUGGCGCAGAUAAUGCUAGACGACCUAAACCUGAGCAACAUUGUCAUCGGCUGGUACAAGUUGUUCGGAACCACAUCCCUGGUUAGUGGACAACCUCCUCUAGCUCAAUCCAGGCCCGGUUCAGUCGCUAGCUUAGACUCCCUCAAAUAUUAAACAAACUGACUCUGACAGAUCCUCCUCUACACGAUCAUUCACUUCCCACUUCUACCUUUUUAUUAUAAUUUUCAUUAUUAUUGUUGUGUUCUUGUUACGAACAGGGAGAGAAUUUAAUACCAAAAUUGAAUCCUGCACACCCUAACCUUUAGUCUUACGGUUUUAGAGAUAUUGGUUGUUAUGGAAAUAAAACAAAAGAUGAGCUUGACAUGAUCUUUAAAUGUAUCUUAAGCCCGUAGGACUUUUAAACAAACAACCUGCCACCAUAGGUUUAGAAACCAGUUUUUAAGCCCUUAAAAUAAGUGAUCAUAAAAUUUGGUAAAACUUUAAGAAAUUAAAUUGUGUUUUAUUCUCUCUAUGUAAACUUAAUAUUACUUUUUAUUUAGAUCUACUUUAUUUUGCAUUUUUCAGGAGAGCAGUUUUUGUUUCGUAGAAGAUUUUUCAAACCAUCGCUUCAGCUUAUAAACAAAAAGCAAAUGUACUAAAAAAAAUACAAACUUAAUAAAGCUUUCCUGUUGAAUAUUUCCGUGGUUAUUUGUAGCACAUUUUUAAAACAUAUUUAAAUUACUUUUAACUUUUUUUUUUAACUUUAAACACGGAAAUGCAUUUUUCUUUUUAUGAAGUAUAAGUUGAUAAUUUUAAGCUUUUUGUUUCUAACUUCCUUAAAAUCCCUGUUCCUGCCUUCACAAAGUUUUAUUUUGUCCGUCCACUCAAACAAACUGCGUUCAAAAACACGAAGUUUCUUCCACUCAUCAUAGGUACGAAAACGCUUUUUUUUAAUUGUGUGGUUAUUUUUUUGAUUGGCACUUUGUGAUACUAUGAUUACUAAACAAAAAUCAUUUAUGGUUAAUAUGAUGUACAAACAUUAUAAAAUUUCAAUUUUCAACAAAAUUAAUUUUUGUUUAG